AUGCCCACCACCGCCAGACCCAAGCUGACCCAGUUGACGACCCCCGUCUCUGCCAGCUAUCCAGCCGAUGCUCUUCUGUCGGCAUCAUCAGUCCGGACGCCUCUCUCGGCUUCAAUAUGGGGGCCUCUGCCUUCCGCCGGUCUGCCCUCUGCAGGCAUCAAGUCUGCCGGUUUUGAGUAUCCGAUGGCCGCUAUCAAGCAGGAGGAGAAGACGCCAAUCACUCCACCGGUCGCCUAUAUGGACUUCCUAAAGUCAAUUUCCAUGGCAUCGCCUUCGCUCGUUAGUCCACCUCUGACGGCGCCUCUGGCUGGAAAAGCACCGCUGAACCGGACCUCUACCGCCGGCAGCAUGGCCAGCAAUGCCAGCAGCCAGUCGAGCAACAGCGCAAAGUCGGACGACGCUGGAGAAGCAGCAGUGGCGACUGACGGCGACGCUGAUAGUGCGCCCUCAACCGCCACCAGCGAGGCUACUGACUGCAGCUGCUCCUGCAACCAUGUCCACAAGUCGCCAAAAUCGCCCACACCCACCAAGAUAUCUACUGCGGUGCCCGCCUCACCUUUCAACAGCUACCCGCUGUCAGCACCGGCAACAGGGCCCACCUCCUUCCCGAGCCUGCGCAUCCCCCCCUCGCCGGCCGUGAGCAAUGUCGACUCGCCGGUGCGUUCGCCGUUCAGCGCAAGGAGCGUCAAGAGCCCCUUUGACUGGGACGCCGCCCUGAAGGCGAGGCGGUACACGGAGAUGAAGCCGAGCCACGGCGCGCACGGCAGCACCCGGUGCGAGAAGAGCAAGACGAGCGUGCGGCACAUCAGGGAAGUGGUGACGAGGACCGUCACGUACACGCCGAGGAUGGACCCCGCGCCCAAGGGAAAGAGGAGAAAAGUCGAGUGA